AUGACGGCAUCUCCCGACUAUCUGGUGAUCCUCUUUGUGACCACGGCGGGCACCAACGGGGCAAGGCUGGGCUCAGACGAGCGAGAGCUGCUCCAGCUCCUAUGGAAAGUGGUCGACCUGAGGAGUAAGGAGCUGGGGCACCUGCAUGACGUGCUGGUCCGGCCUGACCACCCGGAGCUGACGGCUGAGUGCCAGGAGAUCACCCAGGUGGAUGUGGAGAGCCUGGCACUGGCUCCACCGCUGGAGCAGGCACUGAGACAGUUUAAUCAGUCUGUGAGCAAUGAGCUGAACAUUGGUGUAGGUACUUCCUUCUGUUUCUGUACCGAUGGACAGUUGCACAUUAGGCAGGUUCUGCACCCUGAAGCUUCCAAAAAGAAUAUCUUACUGCCUGAAUGCUUCUACUCCUUUUUUGACUUGCGGAAAGAGUUCAAGAAGUGUUGCCCUGGCUCACCUGAAGUUAGCAAACUCGAUGUUGCGGCCAUGAGAGAAUAUUUAAAUCUUGACAAGAACAGUCCAGCAUUUCCCUAUGGAGCCUCUCAAGUUGAAGAUAUGGGGAAUAUUAUUUUAACACUAAUAUCUGAACCAUACAAUCACCGAUUUUCGGAUCCAGAAAGAGUGAACUACAAAUUUGAAAGUGGGCCUUGCAGCAAGAUGGAGCUUGUGGAUGACAAUGCUGUUAUCCGAGCAAGAGGAUUGCCAUGGCAGUCAUCUGACCAGGACAUAGCAAGAUUCUUCAAAGGCCUAAAUAUUGCCAAGGGAGGUGCUGCACUCUGUCUCAAUGCCCAAGGUAGGAGGAAUGGGGAGGCUCUCGUGAGGUUUGUCAGCGAAGAGCACAGAGAUCUAGCGCUACAAAGGCACAAACAUCACAUGGGGAAUCGAUACAUUGAGGUAUACAAGGCAACAGGUGAAGACUUCCUGAAAAUUGCAGGAGGCACGUCCAACGAGGUUGCACAGUUCUUGUCAAAAGAAAACCAAGUGAUCGUCAGGAUGCGAGGUCUUCCUUUCAAUGUAACAACAGAAGAAGUGCUGACUUUCUUUGGCCAACACUGCCCUGUAACAGGAGGGAAGGAGGGAGUCCUGUUUGUCACAUACCCUGACAGUAGGCCAACAGGGGAUGCCUUUGUCUUGUUUGCUUGUGAGGAAUAUGCGCAAAAUGCACUGAAAAAGCAUAAGGACUUGCUGGGGAAAAGGUACAUUGAACUCUUCAGAAGCACUGCAGCAGAAGUUCAGCAGGUGCUGAACAGGUACUCUUCCACACCUCUCAUUCCUCUUCCAACACCUCCUAUUCUUCCAGUAUUACCUCAACAAUUUGUGCCUCCCACCAACAUCAGAGACUGCAUACGUUUGCGUGGUCUUCCUUAUGCUGCUACUAUAGAGGACAUCCUGGAGUUCUUGGGAGAGUUUUCCACAGAUAUUCGGACCCAUGGAGUUCACAUGGUGCUGAACCACCAGGGGCGUCCAUCAGGAGAUGCUUUUAUUCAGAUGAAAUCUGCAGAUCGAGCUUUCCUGGCUGCACAGAAGUGUCAUAAGAAGACUAUGAAGGACAGAUAUGUUGAAGUCUUUCAGUGUUCUGCUGAGGAGAUGAACUUUGUAUUAAUGGGGGGCACUUUAAAUCGAAAUGGCUUGUCCCCACCACCAUGUAAGUUACCAUGCCUUUCACCUCCUUCCUACUCCUUUCCAGCUCCUACUGCAGUUGUGCCAACAGAAGCUGCUCUGUAUCAGCCAUCCAUGCUCCUGAACCCACGAACACUCCAGCCCUCCACAGCCUACUACCCUGCUGGGGCUCAGCUCUUCAUGAACUACACAACAUAUUACCCCAGUAUGCAGCAGAGGAUGGACUUGUACACACAAAUGAUCCGGCCAGGACAGUGUUCAAAGAAUGGAUUUGCAUUUAAAGGCCCCAGCAGUUAGACUUCCUUAGAGAAGGUAAGGAUAAUGAACCCCAGGAGAUGGGUUUUGGGGUCAUCAUAGUGUUUGCUUCA